AUGGCCGCUGCGUACAAGGAGGCCCUUGCGGCUGUAAAAGAGCUGAUGCAGAGCUCCAAUAAGCCUCAGAACGUUCAGACUGCCAUCAACAAUACAGGGAGCAGAUAUGGAAAAGCAACGGUGCAAAAGGCUCUGGACGAGCUCGUGGCCCAGAACCUGUGCAUCUACACCGAAAUAGGCAAAACAGGGAAACUCUACUUGUGGAACCAGAAUCUGCUUGAGGUUCUUUCGGACGCGCAGCUCAUGGAAAUAAAUGCCCAGAUAAACGACCUUAGAGCUCAGGUUGGAAAGCUUGGGCAGCAGAGUGAAACACUCAGGAUCACCCAGAAGAACCUCGAGGCGGCCCCUGUCACCGAUCUCCUCAGACAGGAGGUUCAGGAGCUGCGCCAGCAGGUCUCUGCCAACGACGAAAAGCUGCGCCUCAUACACGAGAGCAAUGCGAUUGUUAGUGACGCAGACAUGCUGACUCUGCAGAAGGAUUACAAGGAUGCAAUGACUGCGUGGGCCUCUCGCCGUGCGACGUGCCGAGAGUUUAUCGACGCUCUUUCGGAAGGCGCAGGGCUGAAGCCGUCAGCUUUCAUAGAGCAGCUUGGUCUUGAGGAAGGACUGCCAGCCGCUACCUACGCAGAAAUGAAGAAAUCCUUGCCUCCCAUCGCUGUCUCGAAGGCCGAGAUCAAGGCAGCCCUCAAAAAGUAG